UCUUGGAGCAACUACUAGAAUUUUUCACAGCUUAGUUUUGUGUUUGUGACUUAAACGGUGUUGUGUUGUGCUCGUUGAAUACUUGUGUUCUGAUUACGCCGUGACCAGAAGACAUGAAACUCGGAACGUUCAUUUAGUAAUUAAAAUUAUUAUUUGUUUAAUAUGAAAAUAAUUUAUUUAACAAGUUACUUGUAACUAUCGAAAUUAAACUGGCAAAAUGGUCAAUGGAAACUACGUUCUAUAUGGCGAUAGACCAGCUUCAGAAUCUGAAAUGGUCGAUGACCACGUGCAUAGGAAAACCGUUGAGCGUAAAGCAAAACGCAAAUCUAAUAGAUCUGCCAACGAUCUACAGCGCUCGUUAAACUUAGCGCAGAAGUUAGAUAACGAAACAGACUCGGACAAAUUCGAAAAGAAAAUAAAGGAGCCAAGGCUACUUCGCUACGUACCAACUACGGAAGUGCAAGAACAUUUUGUUGCGGAGAAAUUUGAGACCUACGACUUAAAGCCUAUAGAAGAACCAAUGAAGAGAUACACGUUUGCAAAAAAGCCAAAAAAUCACGCAGAUGGCUCAAUAAACUACGCUUACUCCCGGUCGAGUAGCAGUUGCAGUUCACCUAAUGGUAAUCUGCCGACUAUAUCUGAACACGGAGAGCAGUAUGGUACAUACAGAGUUCGAUCUAUACAGACAUCUUCGAAUGAGGGAAUUGGUGAAUACCAAACAAAAUUUGACAAAUAUUUUACAUCACCGAGAGACGUCAAAUCAUUCAGUGAUAAGGGCUCACAUCCCGACAGCCUGUACCGUGUGCCUUCAGACCGUGGGAGCAGUACCAGAAAAAUCGUCCACAUGCUGCGUUUACUUCGGUGGCCCGUAGCUCUAUUUGGAGUGUGCGUUGCUCUAGCCAUAUUCGUCUAUUUUCUUAUGCCUGAUAACCUGGGUCAAGAAUUCGAUAAGAUAAACGCAACUAAUUGGGAAGAGAACUUCUCCAGUGCUCAAUCCUACUCAACUUCCUCUUCGACGUCUGGUCCACUUAACAGGAAUAUAAGUAAAUCUGUCAACGGUACGAAAACUUCUGAGAUAGAUUUCAAUGAAGCUGAUAACAUCACAAAUAUCUCUUCUAUAAUCGCAGAAUCCAGCACCACAAGAAAAUUGCCAAUAACUCCCGUCUUCCCGACCAAUAUAGAACCCGAGGUACAAUAUGGAAACGAUGACGACAGUAUGAGAAAACCAAAACUACUUUUUAAUACAAAUACACCAGAUGAGUCCACAUUCAGGCCACAUAUAACGCAUCAUCCUGAAAAACCGUUGGCGAUUUACUUCAAAGAUGCUGAAGCUGUAUCCACAACAACCACUGAGAAAAUUACCACAGAAAUAAUAAAAAAAGCUGAAACCUCUAAUACGUUGCCAAAAUUGGAAGAGAAAACCACAAACACUCCUGUGUUCGCACCACAGCCUAAACCUCUGGUUACUAUAAACGUUGAGUCGCCGGCAGAAAUACCGAAAACUUAUGCAAGGUUACAGAAUACGUAUAAUUCAAACUCAAAAAUUACGCCUGACAUCCAGGAGUAUUACAGGCGGCCAGAAUAUGAAUCCAAAGUGAAGUUCACCUCAGGUCAUUCAAAACUUUUUGGUAUAUCUAUGGAGGAUUCAGAUAAAAUUAAGUCCACAACUCAAAGCUCGUUAUAUAACACUAGAGUUUCUCCUACACUUCCCACUUGGAAAGAUAGAGAUUAUAGCACUACUAAAAAUCCUAUUAACUCUCUAUCUGAUGUGCCCCAAUGCCGGUCCACGCGUCUUUCCAUAUGUCGAGGCAUCUUGCCCUACGACUUAGCAGGUCUUCCAGCUAGGAUUGGAAAGAAAGAAGUGACUUUACUGCUACCACAGAUUGAAUACCUGGUGGCCACUAACUGCAGCGACCGAGUGCGACACUUCGCGUGUUCACUAUUAGAACCAGAAUGCAGUCCACCUCCUUUUUCAUCAAAACUACCCUGUUAUAGUUUGUGUAAAGCUAUCGCAGACAGUUGCGAAGGCUACAUACCAACGGAGCUGUCACCGAUCUUCAACUGUAACCAGUAUUCGAGUAGCAAUUGUGCCAACGCACGAAGCCCUUGCUUCGCCAGGGAGCUGACUUGUGGUGAUGGCACCUGCGUGCCCCGGGAUUGGAUCUGUGACGGAACCCGGGACUGUCCAGGCGGAGAGGAUGAGGCGCCUUGUUCCACCUGCGAGGAGAAUGAAUUCCGGUGCCAGUCAGGUCUAUGCAUUGUGAACCGUUGGGUCUGCGACGGAUAUUCCGACUGCCCUGAUGGCGAUGACGAAAUUGACGAAUCUUGUCGCUCUCAUACGAAUGUGGAAGUGCAAGAACCAGGGGAAGAGCUAGCCGGUUCUGCACCUGCUCCUUCCAUUCGCAAACCUUACAGACAACCGCAGUCACGUCAAAACAAUGGAGAGACAGACAGCAAGGAGCUGUUAAUGACAAGUGAUUCGACGAACGCUUUGAAACGUAACUUCACAAGGCGUCCUUCACCUUCUCGUCUCACACCCUAUUCGAGACCCAUGCUGAAAUCCCGCAAAGAACCAGAACAAACCACGAUAGAGAAUUUAACAGAAAAAUCCGCGGCGUCAUAUAGAAAAAACUUCAGGAAACAAACCCAAAGAGUACCUGAAAUUAAAAAAGAUGUAUCUGAAGAUAUGGAUCAAUUCUACGUUGACGUGAUAAAGGAAGAUGAACGAACGGCGGAAACGCCUCCGCCAGUUGCGACCAAAUUGGACAAGAGCAUAGACAACUUAGAGAGAGUCAUUGAUGGAGCUGGAUUAUUGAGGAAAGCGGCCCUUGCCCGUAAACAGGAUUUGUCCCGUGAAUUGAACGCUACAGAAGAAGACUUUGGUUACAACAGUGCCCACGCAUCGCCAUGUCCCAACGAGGAAUUACGUUGCGUUGACGGCCGAUGUAUCACUUUAGCCCAACUGUGUGACGGAACCAUAGACUGUAGCGAUCACGCCGACGAGGACAAUUGCUAUACAUAAAUGGACAGGAACUAAAAUUUUAUUUACAGUGUACAAAGAACGUAUAAUUUAAUGUUUUUAACCGCUGGUAAAGCAGUUGGUUUUUGCCGCUUCUGGUUUAAUCCAGGUCGAAAUAUAUAUUCGACAGAUGGAUCAGAAAAAUUUGAUAGACAUUUAAAAAUGUUCACAAGAUGAUUUCCGUCCAUAUUAAUUUAGUUGUAGGAAAUUAGUGUUUACUUUGAAAACUCGAAAACUUAGCUGUGAUACAGAAUCAUUUUAGGAAUUAAAAUCUUCAUUUUAGUUAUUAGCUAUAGGUUUCAUUCAUUCGCGAUUCAUGAUUUUAAAAUGACAUGUUUCCAUAUUUCGUUUCGAAUAUUAAAUAAAAUAUAGUUUAAUAUAGAUGAAGGAUUAGUGGUUAUAUUCAUAGACGUACCAAAAGCCUAAAAAAUGUUGUCUUUUAUUUAAAGUGACAAGAAAAUAAUUAUCACAAUAUACGAUUCAACAGUUAAUAGAUGUAGUACCUAUGUCUAAAGGAGUAUAUAAAUAUACGUGUUGUUUGAUAAUUUACUAUUUUAAAAGAGUACCGAGAUCUUUUUACGCCGGCUUUUUCUCUCGGCCUACACCUUCUGUCUUCUU